AUGCCAGGUCGAAAAAUUCGCUUAACUUCCGGAUCAUCGCUCAUCAUCAUCGGUACUUCGCUUACAAAUUCAGCGUCGAAAACAAUCAAAGCUGACUUUCUAAUCGUUGCACUCUUCAUUUCAGUAUCCGGCUCAUCAACUGCCAAACGACAUCAUCAUCACCAUUCGGCGAAAUCACCGAAGUUAACGCGCACAUCGGCAGUUCGACAUCAUGAUACAGACCAUCUUUCACCAAUCUUUUCCAACAAACCCAAGUUCAGUGGAGAAAAUCACCUCUUCGAUGAUCAUCUUUACGGAGGUGAUCCAAGCAAAACACCAUAUGACAUCAUUGAGCAUGACGUCGCCAUCUUAAGUCAAAGAAAGAAUCUGCCACCACCUGAUUCAUUCGAUGCAUUGCAAAUCGGUAGUGAAAGAUUACGAACAAUAAUUGCUGCACUUCAUUGUAAUAUUGGUAUGUGUCGUGAAGAUCUUCUCCGGAAUCUGGAUUACGUUGCCAAUAUUCUUGAAGCUGUUCAUCAAGACGAAACUCGAAGAUUAAUGGAAGAAGAUGAUGGUGCAUUGUCAGAAAUCGAACCAGAUUCAGUACCGAAUGAAGUGCGAGACUGGUUAGCAAUGACAUUCACCCGAUCAAUGUCUACAAUCAAGCGACGACCAUCCGACAAACCGAAAUUCAAGAGUGUGGCACAAGCUAUACGUGCAGGAAUUAUGACGAUUAAUGAGUGGACGUUCGAUGUGUUUUCUGUCAACGAAUUUACCAGUGGCCAAUGUUUACGUUAUGUGGGUUUUGAACUUAUGCAACGGUAUAAUCUCCCGAAUAAACUACAUAUUUCAAUAACUGCAUUACAAAAUUUUCUCGAACAAAUGGAAAGUGGUUACAGUAAAUACCGCAAUCCAUACCAUAAUCUCAUUCAUGCUGCUGACGUUCUUCAAACAACUUAUCAAAUCAUCUACAAUUCCGGUCUUAUGAAUUGGCUCAGCGACCAUGAACUAUUUGCUAUGUUCAUCGCGGCAAUUGUACACGAUUUCGAACACACAGGAACGUCAAAUAAUUUCCAUAUACAGUCGAGGUCGGACGUGGCUUUAAUUUACAACGAUCGUGCUGUUUUGGAAAACCAUCAUGUGAGUGCUGCGUUUCGAUUGAUGCGUAUCGACGACUACAAUAUUCUUUCGGAAUUUUCUGCCGAUGAGUAUAAAAACUUUCGUCAUUUGGUCAUCGAAAUGGUUCUUGCUACAGAUAUGAGUUCACAUUUUGCUCAAUUGAAAACAAUGAAGAGUCUUCUGAGCAUGCCGGAAAAUAUCGAAAAAUCCAAAGCAUUAGCAUUAGUAUUGCACAGUGCGGAUAUUAGCCAUCCGGGAAAACCGUGGAGCAUUCAUUAUUCAUGGACAGAGUCGUUGAUGGAAGAAUACUUCAAACAAGGCGAAAAAGAGAAAGAACUUGGUUUACCCUGUUCACCAUUAUGCGAUCGCGAUAAUACACUUGUUGCGGAAUCUCAAAUCGGUUUUAUCCAAUACAUCGUAGAACCCUCGUUCGUUGUUAUGGGUGAUAUGCUUGAGAAAAUUUUGAAAUCACUAUCUGUACCCGAUUCUGAACUUCCAUCACCAUCCAUACCAGCGAAAAGCGUUAGUUCGUCACCUUCACCGCCGCCAUCACCAAGAUCACUGAAUGACUCUAGUACUCAUCAAGAUGAACAACUAGAAAAUGGACGUGAGAGAAAGCCAUCUUCAAUGACAACGCCCAUAUCUCGGUUAACUGUUGUUCGACGGCCUUGGACAGAAUAUUUGAAGGAAAAUCGUGAACGAUGGAUACGAGAAGCAGGUUAG